CCCUAACAUUGAAGUUUGCAGAUACGCUGGUAGUAGGGGGUUUAACCUUUCCAAGAGUGUAAAACAAUUGGCUUAAGAUAACACUGCGCUGUCUAUCUACAUGUUUGUUGCCUGAGGCCUGACUGGGAAAUUGAUGUUCCGCGGGCACGCCCGAGAAAUUGGACGAGGUCAGCCAGGGACUCAGGGACGUAAGAUCGGCAGGGAAGAUUCCAUAUUGGGUGAAACAUCCUUCUGCUGGGGCCGACCCUUCAAUUCCUUGUUAUUUCUCCAACAGGCCGUUCAUUGCUGUUGCUUCGAGAUCUCAUCUUCAACUCUUUUCGUUUUGCUGUCUGUCGCUCUUUUAACAGACUCCUUUCGUUCAUUUUUCAAGUAAUACAGUCGUUACUACCACCACACCAGUCACUCCUUAACAAAUCACUACCUCGGCGAAUACCGUACCAUUUCCCCUGAACCGACUUGAUACCAAUUCACCCCCGAUUCCUUCGUCUGCACCGUCAUAAUGCUCUUCGCAAAGUCCACUGUGCUUGUCACCCUUUUCGCUCUUGGCAAGGUUAUUGCUGCUGCCGGCACCAGCACACCUGCCUGCCUUCUUACCGUCGUGGGCCCUGAGAACCCCGGCAACCUGAAGGCGAUCUGCAAGACCAAUGGCAAAGAAAUCCAGUCUUCGAUCAAGGACGAGUGUGGUGAUGAUGCGAAGGAUGCCCUGAAGUACUACGCUGGCGUCUGCAAGGAUGCCGGCUUUGAAGUUGAUACUAGCUCUUCGUCGGACUCGUCUUCAUCCACAAGCACUUCGGAUUCCUCGUCCAGCACCUCCGGCAGCUCAACCUCAACUGGUGGAACUAGCUCGACCGGCGGCUCGGAUUCCAGCUCUGGCUCUGGCUCCAACUCCGACUCCAGCUCCGACUCUGCUUCUGCUACUGACAGCGCAGACGAGACUACGCCAACCAACGGCGCUUCCACCGAUAAGCAAGUAUCUGGUACCGCUCUUGCUGCCGUUGUUUUCCUUGGAUUCGCUGCUACGCUUUAAGCACGCUUCGCAGACUUUGUAUUAUAUUCGGAACCUGGACAAUCUUGAUCGGAAAUAUCUUACAUGUGACGCUUUUUUACAACAUAAAUCGUUAGUUAUUUUCAGUAGAAUAACAAUCAUCCCACUAUUGAGCAAUCGCCAUAAACGCUUUUAGGCGCGCAUACGCGUUGCAUUCAAGGUGCAUAUGGUGAAUUUCAGUAAAUCAAUGACAUUCAAAGCGGAUAAUGGUGUUGGCAACUUCCCUCGUGGGCGAGGGUGUUUCACCACCUGUUUGUGAUUGUAUGUAGGGCGACACGUAAACCACGUGAUGGCGUUCCAGAAACAAAG